AUGACCAACAACACGUCGCGCCUGACCAGGCAAGGCUCAGUAGCACGCACCAAUGCGAUCGCCAUGCUGAAGCGCGCUGCUUCUCAAAGAGAGAUCAAGGCAAGGGCAGAUACACCCUCGCUUCCAGGAGCUUUCCCAACAGACCCAAGUCCACCUCCAUCGACGGCGCUCGCAGACCAACCCUCUGCGCCGGAAUCGAGACCGAAGCCAACGAUGUCAUUCACAAGAGCAGAACCAUCCUCUGACUGCAAUUCUCACCACGGCAUUCCCACCUUGGCCAGCCAAACCUCUAUGCAUUCCAAUGGCCUUUCUUCCGACCAGAUCGCCUCAACGUCCAAUCAACCCAACUAUCUCUCUCCGCAAUAUAUCACCGACAAUGCUAUGGCUUCUACCUCAUCUGCGCCAACACCGAGCGCAAUGCUAUCAGCACCCUCACCCAACCACCCCAGCGAUCCAUCAUGGUCUCGCCCACCCAUGUUCCAGGACAGAUCGAAUCAACGAACAUUCAACAGAUCCCCCCUUCCCUCCCUCGAGCAGCUUCGAGCACGCAUCUUACUCGAACGCGAAUCCGCAGGUCUACAACGAAGCGCUAGCACCAGCGCUGCCAGUCAAGCUGCGAGAGCCUAUGCACUUGAAAAGCUUCUCGGCAACAGCGGCACAGAUGUCUUCUACGAUCAUACUCCCGACGGCACCCCCAUAGGGCGUGGAGCGGCUACAUCAUCACCAACACCCAUGUCUGGCAGGGACAGCGGGCUGGCUGAUAUGGCUUCCGACGACGAAUCUGCUCACGAGACACGGCUGAAACGGCAAUCGAUCAAGCACAGACCCGGGUUGAGGAGAAGUCGGACGAUCAAUGGUCUCACUGCCAUGGCUGAGGCUCAGAACAAAGCUGAGUUUGUGCAGGCAGUGUUUCUGGCGGUGCCAGGUCCGGCUUCGAAUCGCUUCUCGCGCAUACAUCAGAGGAGGAUGGAGAGGCAGAGUAUGUUCAAGGCUACUUCCACGAAUCCUUCUGAAAUAUCGGUGGCCGAGGUUAAGGAGACGAGUCAAGAAGGUGUGUUGCAGAUCGCGGCUGGUGAAGAGGAGGACGCUGGUCCCAGCCUGUCACGGCAACAGUCACAACGACAGAUUGCAAGGACAGAAAUGAUGCGUAAGCUCAGUACUAGGGGCAGAGGCAAUGCAGCAACGGGAACAUCAGAUCCUAGUCACAAUGCCAACGGUUCAAGUCGCCAUACUGGACUCGAACAGCAGCAUCCAAGACUACCUAAAGUCAUCGCCGAUUCUCCAGCUGUAGACGAGACGAUCAGUCCCGUCGGUGUUGUUAUCAGGUCACCUUCGUCUCCAGCUCCACCGCACAUCUCGCACCUCGAUGCUACCAACAUCUCAUCCACGCCCGCUCCAGCUUUCCGACAAGCGCUCAGUCCGGCCAGUGCUGCCGGCAUCGACUCGAACCACUACACCGCUGCACCAACGGAAGAUGACCAACUCGCUGCAACUUGGCCAGGUUUCAAAGCGUCUUCCUCGGUGGUGUCGCUGGCUUCUAACUAUGCUCCGAGUACCGGCACUGCACGUCACGUCUACGAGCGCGAUCGAGAAAGCAGAAUGGCAAUCCUCAACAACGAAGAUAGCUUUGGGUAUGAGGCUUCGCCUUCACUUCCAUCUACUUCGGUCGAUGUGGAAGGAUAUCAGCUCGCGAGGAAAGCAAAGGAUGAUAGAGAGGAUGCUGCUGCUCUGCACGCGUCUGCUUCUUACGAUGGGAAUGCGUCCCAUAAUGACGGUCUGAACCUCGACUUUGGCGAUUCGAGAAGCAAGCGUCGUGCAGGACUUGUUGGCUUAGGGCUCGAUUCUGUACCACAGCAGCAAGCGCCAUCGGAGGUGGAAGAAGGAGAGUUGAAAGUGGCAGAGGAGUCAGCGCAAAGACAAGACCCUGCUGGGCUGUCGCCAGGGAGGCGAGCCAAAGCUAGUCCUGGAAAGCGCGUAUCGAAGUUACGUCAGUCUCUGGCUCGUCUACGUGUCCAGCCAAACGCGCAAGAUAUGUUGUCCAGUCCCGCAUCACAGACAGACGAAGAGGCGUUGGAGGACGAUGCUUUCUAUAAGCUUUACUCGCCUGCUGCUGGUGGAUACGAUGAUGAUGACGACGACGAGGAGACGGAUGAGCAGGAAGACGAGAAGGCCGACACUCGCGGCACCCACCUUCAGACAUCGGAACAAGCCAAUGGAUCUACCUCUGCUGCCGACGCAACAGCCAUUCAAGGUCUCGGUCUCGUCCAUCCUAACAGCAGCCCAACACAAGGACAAACCAACGUCGCAUCACCAACCACACCACCACAGCGUCUGUUCCGAGGCAACGCCGCUGUUCCCUGCGACCCCUCCCCCAGCACAGAAACCGAAUUCGGCGAAGCACGUCGCACACCCUGGAUGACCUCCAGUCCUGGCGGCUUCAAUUUGCCGCUUCGCCUGUCGAACUCGCUCAUGUCGACAGCACAAGCUAUUGCAACCGAAUCACCAGUGCCCGAUCCAAGCCCUGUCAUGCGCAGUGGACCUGGUGCAUCGCGUAAAACUUGCGGCGAUUGGCCUAUGUCAGUGGCAAGCAGCGGUACUGCGCCGCUGACUAGAGAGAGUUUGGAGUCUCGAAGCGAGGCUGAUUCUCGGAUCAGAUCAUCAGAAGAAGGUGCGGGGGUCAGUAAUGCCCCUGUUAUCAGGUCUCCUUUGCUCGAAUUGCCCGAGGACGAAGUUAUGGAUGCAGCGAAUGAGCAAAUUAGAGCUGUGGCUGGGGGGAAUGGUGCAGCUGAUUCAAAGUUCGAACUGCUCUCGGCGCCGAGUUCCAGGGCUAAACCUUCGGAGCGGGUGCAGGCUAUGCUAGAGUCGAUUUUUGUUGCGGAGUACAGAGCUGAUCUGGCUGAUUCUCGGUCGCCGUCUUUGAUCGUAUCCAAGGAGGAGCAGCAGGGUAACCUCAAAGUGCCCAUUACCGGUGUCAAUGGCUUGUCGCUGUCAAACAACACCAGCAAUGUCUCGAUCAACGAGAUUAGCGACGUUGAUGGUGAAGUCGAUGAUGCCUACUUGCGCAAAGUCGAUAGGAUGGCUGAUAAGUUAGGCAAGUUGGCUCGAAACAAGACUGUUGCCGGGACAGGGAAUGGGUCGACGCGUGCUGCAGCUCCAGCGACGAACUUGGAGCGAAGCAAUACCACUACCCUGGCAAGCAGGUUUACUGAGCAUGUGGGUGUCGGCGGUGGUGCACCUUCUUCGAGAAACCAUUCGCAACGACCUUCUGCAGACUUGAAUGCUUUGGUGGGGAAUGAGAAGUUGCAUCCGUUCCCAGCGCUUGCGCAGGCGAGCCCGUUGCAGAGUCAGGACGGGUUUAGUCCUAUGGCUGUUUCUGCUGCUCCUCCUGUUUCGUCUGGGUCAGCAGCGCAGCGGCGCGGGUCUGAGUCGCCACCCUCAGCAUUCGGGCACAGGGACGAGCAGGAGGGUGGUGCGAACGGCAAACAGAUCCGAUUAUUCUCCUCGCUACGUCGUAAAGCAUCUAGUUUACGCAGAACGCCUUCUGCCGCAGCCAAUAAAGAAAGCAGCAGCAGCUUCUGGGCCCGUCGAGCGAAAAGAGAAGGAUCGCCAAAACUUCCAAAUGAAGCCACUUUCAUAUCUGCUCCCAUCUUGACUCCGACGACUCCUGGACCGACGGCUUCGGCUACUGGCCCAACUCAACCGGUAGUGACGGUCGACAAACCUCGAGAUGAAGUGCAGCGGGAAAAUGAUGGAACUUUCGAAAAUCGGUUAUUCGACAGCAAUUCCUCCUCUGCAGCAACGGACAAGAUGGUGGAUCUGCAACGAAACGCAUCUAUCUCUUCUGUCGUCUCUGCUCGUAUUCGCACCGAUUUGCAGGAUGGAACUGCCGACAUCGAUGCCACCUCCUCCUCGGAACACCAUACACCUUCCACCAUAACCUCGACUCUGGGCCCAAACACGGCAAUCAUGCUACAACGCUACUCUCGCAUCCUCUCCACCACCCAUCCUUCCCAUCCCAUCACCACCAUCCCUGGUUUGCAGCCAACCGACAUCAUCGACCCACCGCGAAAACUUCUUGCCAGCGAUCCCGUCUUUCAAGUUAUCUCUAGUACCACUAUCAAAGAUCGCUUUCUCUUCUUAUUCUCAGAUUUGCUGGUGAUCGCAAAACCGAUCAACGCACCGGGUAGCGAAGCGGGGAGAAUGGUGGGGAAGAUGAAACAAGCCAGUAUUCUUCCCGAUCUGGGGUGGAACUUCGCGGUGAAGAACAUUCUGGAGUUGCAUAGGGUGAAACUGAGUGUAACGACGAAUAGUAAAACUGCUAGUGGGAAAAGUAGGGCUCAGAAUCCGGUGCUUUGGGGGUUUGUAUCCCAUUUCUCUCGGGAUCCGGAUUCGGCAGUAAGAGCACUGGUAGCGAAAACGGGAUUGGAGAGCACACCAGCGAGCAUAGCUCAAUUGUUGUAUCAGACUCCGGAAUUGGAUAGGGGCGAUUUGACCAAUUACUUGACAAAUCCGAGUAGGAGGGAGAUAUUGAAAAGUUACGUAGCGCAACAUAGACAUAUAGGGGUUAGUAUAGAGUCUGCUCUUCGGUCUUUACUUCUCGACCUUCGUUUUCCAAGUGAUUUGGACGCAUUCGAAGCGCUGUUGGUUCACUUCGCACAUAGUUGGACCCAGCACAAUAAGGCGUCUAUCAAACCGACUUUCACUUCGCAACUAGCCUCAGAUCUGGUUUUUGCGAUCAUGGCGCUGAACGACGCACUGCAUACAGGAUCGGAAGCCGUACCUUCCUCUGUUGUCUCACCUAACUUCCCACGCCCCGUGACCGUUGUCACCCCCGGCCUGUUCAGCGCAGCAUGUCCCGACCUCAGCAAGCAAGAUUUCGUCAGCGUUUUUCGACAACAUGAUCCAACCGAAGUGUUGUCGGAUCGUACACUUAGCCGGAUCUAUCUCUCGAUUAAAGCUGAACCCCUAAUCCAAGCCCUCGAUAGGUACGAACCGAGAUUCACUAUUCGAGUCAAGGGGGGGAAGUUACCGACAAGGUUGACUUACGCACAGCCAGCAGAACCAGUCACACUCGUAAUCCCCGCUCCUGAUCCUGAUCUAGCGAUAAGGUUGUAUGCGCAGGAUACAACUUUUGAGCCCCCCAUAUUAACUUUUUCGGCAAGUAGAGAAGCGACUUUUACCAUGCGGACCAAAUCCCUAGGUCCCAAGCAGGUUGUUUUUGUUAGAGCGGGUAGAAAUGCUAGGUUUUAUGGAGGGAGUGAGGUAGAUGAUACUGCCCCCAUGGGUGGGGAUGAGAUGGGCGGGGUAGGGGAGGAUAGUCCCUUACCGAGGAGUUUUAAUGUUGUGGUUGAGAGAGCGUUUAUGAAGCAUUCUUUCACCCUGACUUGCAUUCCGCCCGGAGGCGGAGGGAAAGGUGGGGAAGGAAAGGGGGAGAAGAGGUUCAUGUUGAGUUUUGAAGAUGGAGCAAAAGUGACUCAGUGGACUAAAUUGAUAAAGGAUCAGGCGGGAGCUAGUAUUAAGGCGAAGGCACAACGGUCCGCCUCCACGUUUAGCUCGGUGGAUGUUUCGACUGUUAGAGCUGUGGAGAGUGCAAGUCUCCAGAUCCUGAGGGAAACGCUCAUUGCUCCUGAACCCACGCCCGCCCCCUCGUCACACCCUCCCUUACCGGCACCUCCAUCAACAUGGCGCAACAGAGCAGCUACGGUAAUUGGUACCUCCUCACAAUCCGAUUCUAACCCUGUCGAUUCUCGCUUAGGGUUAGGGUUAGGCCAUCCCCCACCAACAUCCACCAACACAGCAAUGCUAGAUCGCACAACCUCGACAUCGCGCCACUACUACGCAGCCUCAGGAGUCGGUAGACACGAACGUGAGCUUCUCAUCCCCACCUCCACCUCCACUUCUACUCUCGGCACGGUACCGGAGAGCGGGGGAGGGGGGGUUGCCAGGGGAGGGCAUACAAAAGGAUCGGCUAGUUUAACUUUGUAUCCUCCCUCCUCGACGAUGGGUGGUAGGGGUGGAGGAGCUAUUUCUCCAAGUGCAGGUUUCGGUGCUUUGAGCAUUGGAAGGAGUAACUCUGCGAGGAGUGCAAGUAGUCCGCAUCAUCAAGCGGCGGUAAUAGAGAAUAGUUCUGCCACUGGAUUGCUGAGUCCCACAAAAGCCGCUGGAACAGGAGCAGGAUCUGGUGGAACAGCUGGGGAUGGCAAGGUGAUGUCAGGAACUCAAAUCGUCAGCAUUACCCGCCUGAACAGCGUUCUGAGUCGGGUCAUUGGUCAUUUACAACAACAACAGCAGCACCAAUCACACCAGCAGCAAUAA